AUGAGUAGCUAUACAGAUUAUGAUGAUCAGGAUCUACUUGAUGAUCUGUAUUUUCCUUGGGUAAUCAAUGAUCAAGUAUUGGUUCUUGUGAUAAAUGGGACUGCUCCCCAAUAUCCUGUACCUAUAUUGAUAGAACACUUUGGUCAAGUUCAAGGUUUAAUAAUCGACCGAUCAUUCUUCCCAAUGCCUUUGAAUAUGCAAAGUAAAUAUUUAUCUAUUUAUGUUUUAUAUUUUUUUUAUAUUAUUUUUUUUGUAAAAGUACACUCAUUAAAAGUUAUGAGUUAUGAAUAUAUAAGUGAGAAUCCUACUUAUUUCGAUCUUCAAACAGGCUCAUGUCUAUCAAAGAUGGCAUUUAAAAUUGAUCCAACAGGAUGUACUUCGCCAAUCAACAUAACUACUCAGAAUGGCGUAUCUUUAUCUCUGGAUUCAAUGUAUUCUGACAUUGAUUAUCAAUAUCAUUACUAUACCAUCGGUUACUACAUUGGUCAAUCCGGUUUGAAUUUGAAAAUCAAUUGUACAGGAGGAGGGGAUAUUAUACUUCAAAACAAUGAUGAUCUAUUUUAUUGUUUAGAAGUACCAAACUUUAGUAUCUCAAGAAUAUCACCAUGGAAACAAACUUUUGAUUUAGGAUUUCAGAGCUAUGAAAGUGUAUUUGAAGUUCCAGAGUUGAAUUAUACUCUAAAAUCUUUAGGUUGUUGGAUAACAAUAGGAUUUAACUGUACAAUUACACCAAGAUUUUCAAAGUCUAAAGGUUAUUUCAGUUAUAUUCUCACCCUUGUACCAUUACCUUAUCAAGUUAAUUAUAAUGGUGCCAUUCUUAUCAUUAAUGUUGGUACAGAUGUUAAAUUCUCUCAAUCUCUAUCAAAUAUAUUCUUUUCACCAAAUGAUGGAACAAUUCAAGUACUCAAGAAUGUUUCUUAUCCAAAUAUUUAUAGCCCUCCUUUUAACUCUUAUUUACCAAGUGUUCCUGUUUGGUUGUCAGUUGACGUACUCAACCCUGGACCAUUCUAUGCAACCAAAACGCAGAUCAAAGAUACAGCACUCUAUCCUGUCAAAGGAAACAAAAAGUCAGCAACCUUAAUCACUGCCGUAUUACCAAGCUUGGGAAGUGUCUAUUUCUAUUUCAAUGCUAUUAAUUCAACUUCGACCAUUAAUGAACCAAUGACAUCAAUGCUAUUUACUGACCAAUUUCAUAAUAGUGGUGAUGUUAUACCAAAUGGAAUGUAUUUAAAUAGUGGAUCUCUCAACUUUGCAAUGUAUUAUAUCAAUAGGUUGAUACCAAAUCAAAUGAGCACCUAUGUAGAUUGGUAUGAGACUGGUGAAAUCCCACACAAAUGUUACAGUAAAUUCAACUUCCCGUUUGGAUAUUCGAAUGGAACUGCACUACAUUCAUUUACCAAGAGUCUUCAUCCUAUUGGAAAUUUAACAAACUAUGGUACUGGUGCUUUCUAUAUCGAUUAUAAUCCGAUUCAAUAUAAUUUGAGAAUAGAACUACUAAAUAUUAAAGUAGAUAGUAUCACAUUAACACCAUUUGGAACGUAUUCUUUCUUUAUUCAAAUUGGAUUGAGUGAACCAAUCAGCGGAAUCUAUAAGAUUCAAAUAGGAAGUUGUAAUCUUUUCGAAAAAGAUAUCAUCUUUGGAAACUUAUACAGUGGUAUCUAUGAGAAAGUUUGUCAAUAUGAUUUGGUUGAUGGUGCUGCUCAAAAUCUGGUUAUAGAGAUCUAUAGUCGAUCAAUGGCAUUAUUAUCAUUUACACCAAAUAGAUACAUACCAACAUUAGGUACAUUUUUACCACCAUAUCAAUUCCAAUUUGAUAUUCCUUUAAAUGAAUUUACAAAGGUUGGAUUUGCAAACAAUAUUGUUAAUGUAACAAACUUGACAGUUUUAAACUUUUUCUUUUUCAACUUGACUUCCAACAAUACCUUAAAUUAUAAACCAAUUCUAGAGAUAUUCAAUCAAGAUUUCAAUGGAAAUAAGAAACAGUUCACUGGUGAAUGGAAUUCAACACUACAACUAUAUGUCAUUCCAAUAGCGAUACCAAUGAAUUCAUUUGAAGGAUUAGUUCCUUACCGUUUAUUAACUCAACCACCUAUUAAAAAUUCAGAAUUCUAUUCCAAAUUUGGUGAUUCAUCACAAUUAAUAUUACAAUCUGAAAGUAAGGAUAGAAAUUAA